UCUCCCCCAAACAAUUUCAUCAUUUAUAACAUACCUCAUCUUAGCUAACAUACAUACCAAUAAUUCAAACUUUUUUCUAACUCGAAGAUCAUAUCAGAGUUUAACAGCUUUAAAGUUCGAGUCUUGUGAACGGAUCAGAUCAUAUCAGAGCAGAAAUGACUUUUUUGAAGAAGUUUCGCAAAGCGGGGCGUGGUGGCCGGAAAAACAAGAUUUCCGGGCUAGAUUCACUGGAAGAGCUCAGCAUCCCCACGAAUUUUAUAUGUCCAAUUACGCUGGACUUGAUGAAAGAUCCGGUGACAUUGUCCACCGGAAUCACGUACGACCGGGAGAGCAUCGAGCGGUGGCUGGAGGCGGGGAGCAAGACGUGCCCGGUGACGAAUCAGGCGUUGACGACGGCGGCGCGUGAUCUCAUCAUACCCAACCACGCCAUCCGGAAAAUGAUCCAAGGGUGGUGCGUGGAGAACAAGUCUCACGGCGUGGAGAGGAUCCCGACGCCGAGGAUUCCGGUGAGCCCUUCCCAGGUCUCCGAUAUUUGCGCGAGGAUGGAGGGCGCGGCCCAGCGCGGGGAUGACGUCAAGUGCGCGGAAUUUCUCGAGAGAAUUAAGGUUUGGGGGAAAGAGAGUGAGAGAAACAAGAAAUGCAUUCGGGAGAACGGCGGCGGCGGCGCCUUGGCGGCGUGUUUCGAGAUCUUCUCCGGAUUUUCCGGCGCGAAACACGCGGAUUUGUUGAAGGAUUUGCUGUCCGUACUAACGUGGAUGUUCCCGGUCGGGGAAGAAGGCCGGUCGAAGCUAGGGGCAAAAACGUCAUUACGUUGCAUGGCAUGGUUUUUGAACGGCGAGGAUUUAUCCGCCAUUCAAAACGCACUUAUAGUCCUCAAAGAAUUACUCCAUUUAGACCAAAAUUACGCCAACGCCCUACUCGAAACCAACCAAGACAUCCCCCAAGCUUUAUUCAACGCCGUGAAAGUACCAAUCUGCCCUUCCGACAAAACCACCACCAAAGCCUCCCUCACCGUCAUCUACCACAUGAUCACCUCCCAACCCAAUGGCAAAACCGUCAUUUCAAAUCUCCUAGCCGCCGGUCUAAUCUCCGUCCUCCUGGAAAUCCUAGUCGACGCCGAUAAAAACAUCUGCCAAACGGCGUUAGCCGUAUUAGACGGAAUCUGUUCAACUCAAGAAGGGAGGGAGAAGGCUUGCAAUCAUCCGUUAACGAUGCCGUUAUUAGUGAAGAAGAUCAUGAGGGUUUCAGAAGUGGGCACGGAGCUAUGCAUCUCCACAAUAUGGAAGCUUUGCAAAGGUGAAGACGAAAGGGCCGCCAUUGAAGCGCUGGAAUUAGGAGCUUUCCAGAAGCUUCUGGUGGUGCUGCAAGUUGGGUGCGGAGAGAAAGCGAAGGAGAAAGCGACGGAGCUGUUGAAGCUGAUGAAUCUGUAUAAGGAUAGAGUUGAAUGCUUGGACUCGUCCACCGGAUUCAAGUAUUUGAAACGGUCUUACUGAUCGGAGACUGGCCGGAAAAGUAAACAAUUUUGUUGUGUUUAGGUUAGGCAAUUCCGUACAUAGAUGUAUACAGUCAUAACUUAUUCACGCAGCGUUUAAUCGCACAAUGAAAAUUAUUAUUGGAAAGAUAUUUGGUUUACUCCCAA